AUGAUGCAUAACAGACUACUUCUGUGCUAUUACACAACGUUGUCGGCCGAUCCGAAGCCGGAAGCGAACUUCGACGACGGGUGCGCUCCCAAUCCAAGCCUCCUCGAGACCACCCCCACCCACCCCCCGGACAACGGGACGGCCAUCGAGGUUGAAGGGCCAGCGCCGGCGGCGACUGCCUGGCGCUCCAAGGAGUCCAGCGGCGGCAAGGGCGGGGGCGGGGGCGGCGGGGGCAGAGGCAGCAGCGCGUGGGGGGUGUACUGCGACGGCCCUCUGCUGGAGGCGGUGCAAUCGGCCAGGCUUUUUCCCGACAGCAAGACUUUCGUCGACAUGCCCAUGAAGAAGGACCCGACCCAAGUGCUGGCAGCGUUCAACGCCCUAGGUGUGGUCGACAGAAAAGACCCCGGGAAGCUAGCGCAGUUCGUGUCGACAUACUUUGAGGAGGCUGGAAGCGACAUCGUGUCCGUCACUCCCGAGGACUUCUCCCCUAACCCAUCUUUCCUGGAUGGCAUCGAAGACGGCCCGCGAAGAGAGUGGGCACGUGCCAUCCACGGCCUGUGGCCGCUGCUGGUGAGGGCGAACGCCGCCGACGUGGCGGUAAACCCGCAGAGGCACUCGCUCCUUCCGCGACAACACCCGGUUGUUGUCCCGGGGGGACGGUUCCGUGAGUCGUACUACUGGGACACCUUCUGGACAAUCAGGUUUGUGCCCAACGGCGGCCGACUGUACUACACCGAGCGCAGCCAGCCGCCCCUGCUGUCGGACAUGGUGUGCGAGGUGUACUCCGCUCGACCGGACCGCGCGUUCCUGGCUCGAGCGCUACCGUCACUGGAAGCUGAGCACGCUUUCUGGAUGAAUUUCGAGAGGGGACGUGCGGUCUGCGUCCCCGCGCUCCCCCCGCCCCGCAAGACGUUCGACGCCAUGCUCCACGGGGUGACGCUGGAGGGCGCCGCCGUCCUCUUGAACCGCUACUGGACGAUCGUGUCCGGGCUUGUGGCGUAUGUUCCGGAAGACGAGAUGCGGGGGAGGAUGGUGGUGGGGCUUUGCAACCUCCCCUCCCGGGCCAUGCGCGGCGUGACGUCAUCCGGGAUGCUGCUGUGCGCCAGCAACGACGAUCAUUCGAGUGCUCAAAGUAGAAGAGGGCGAAGUUCGGUGUUCACAGCGGUUAGGUUGACCCAUGGUGUAUAUGGAACGAGGUCUCCCGACCGCAAAUGA